AUGGCAUUUCUCCGCCUCUCUUCCAGUGCUCGAGGCCAUAGUUAUGGCGUACUCCCCGUUGUCCAGAACCUGAUUCUCCUCUCCCUUCUUUUGACGACCGUUUGUGCCCAAGACACCGUCCUAAUCCCGACCACUGCUUCGGACUCAUUCCCUGCCUGUGGACUAUCGUGCUCGGUUCUCCAACAAGCUCAGAGUAGCUGCGUAUUUCCUCAAGCACCCAAAACCGAUCGAGCUACCUACGUCUCCUGCUUCUGCCAGUCCGCCCUUCUCACGAACCUUCAUUCGGGCAGUAAUGGGCCUUGCGACACCGAAUGCACCAGUUCCUCGGAUCGCUCUCUGCUAAGCACCUGGUAUAAUAACUUCUGCAACGCCAAGGGAAAUCUUCCCGCUACUACAGCCUCCUCCACGACCACUUCGUCAACCAGCACUAGUACCGCCAACACCGGGGCGUCAGCCAACAGCAACCAAGACGAUGAGCCCCAACCAUGGAUUAAAACCCACUACCGUUGGGUUAUUAUGAUCGUCGUUCUCUUUGUUAGUUUUUCGAUUAUCACCGUGGUAGCGGUGUGGCUUAAGCGCCGUCACGAAGCCAGGCAUCCCGGUCUUUACCAGAGCGCUAAUGCCGGUGGCAGCAGCGGAACACUUUUUACAAAGACCCCCCGCGACAGCGCAGUUCCUGCUGCUGCUCCCGGCCUAUGGGCAUCUCCGCCGGGUGUGGGACACCCUCCUAAUUCCCGUUAUACGGAUCCAGAGUCCGUGCCAAACAGCUCUCGUACUGCAGUGUUAAUGCCGAGACCUACCUAA